AUGGUCUGCAACGACAGGGCCCGUCGGCAAGGCAGUUUAGAAGGCAAAGCGGCAAUCCCGCUGCAGCUCGCCAUUUUCGUUUCAUUCUUCACCAUACUUCACGGCCUGGCGCAUGGCGGCAUCGGCUUCUUCGGUGGUUUGGAUGCCAAGUUCCUCGACACUUUGCGGCCGCAGCAUGCAUCACCACCCGUGGCGAUGGCAGUGCUGCUGGGCAUCAGCAGCUUUUUGGCGAUCGGGCCCUUCGUAGGAUAUGUGCACGGGAUCCCUGUCAGCCUUUGCAUGCUCUUUCACGGCACGUCCAUGUUGCUCUUCGUGCUUUACGUCCCCCUCCAGUUCGCCUUUGGCGCAGUUCAACUUGUGUUGAACUUGUGGAUUUGCCUCCCCCGGUUGAUCCUCAUCAACCCCCAGGCGCCGCAGCGGCUCUGUGAUGGAUGGCCGGUGAUCAGCAUAGGCGUCUUGCUGCUGAUGCCGGUUGUUUUCUCAGAGAUGCUGCUCUGCGACCACGGCGUCGCAACCCUUGGAGGUCACGCGCUUUACGACAGCUCUUUGCUGCUGCUGACUGCCACCUAUUCCUUGAGCAUCAAGAUGUUAGUCCUGGACGAGGCGGAUGAGAUGCUGAACCGAGGCUUCAAGGAGCAGGUCUAUGAUAUCUACCGAUACCUACCUCCUUCAACACAGGUGGUUUUGGUGUCUGCCACCAUGCCCCAUGAAGUGCUUGAGAUGACACACAAGUUCAUGAACAAUCCAUUCAGAGUCUUGGUGAAGCGAGAUGAGCUGACCUUGGAAGGUAUUAAGUUCUUCGUGGCCGUGGAGCGAGAGCAAUGGAAGUUCGAUACCUUGUGUGACCUCUACGACACUUUGACCAUCACGCAGGCGGUGAUCUUCUGCAACACCAAGCAGAAGGUGGACUGGUUGACGCAGAAGAUGAGAGAUGCCAACUUUACCGUGGCCUCCAUCCAUGGCGUUGAAGCCUCAGAGAAUCUGACCAUUUUGCUCGUCGGAACACGUGGCGAGAUCCGCCUUGUGGCGAACAACUGGAAGUAUGUGGAAUCCGUAGAGCUGGCCAAAGUACCCAGAGAAUGGUUCCGAAGUGGCACCAGCCGCGUCUUGAUCUCCACGGACUUGUGGGGUCGUGGUUUGGAUGUGCAGCAGGUGUCUUUGGUGAUUUGCUAUGACCUUCCCAACAACCGAGAGUGUGGCACACAGAACGGGUGGGCUUUGAGUCGGGCGAGGGCGGAGCGGGCUUCGUGGGCGAUUCUCUGUCCAAUCGUCGAAGACCGCUGUGGGAAGGCACUGUGUGGCGACACAAUUUACAUCCAACCGGCGCUUUACAGCAAAGGGCAUCGCUACUAG